CCCCCCCCCUUUUCCCAUUUCAAACUGAUUGAUGCAUCUCUACAAGUUGCCGGGCUUGGGGCCGGACCCGUUGGAGUCGCAGGAACACUUCUGAGCGCGCACCCAAGGCUCUUGGCACCGCGUCUGGGGGCUCAGUGUUGCUCCCGAAAGGGGAUCGGAGACUGACAUCAGCCCGUCCAGGAGUUGGAGGGAUUCAUUUAAAAGUGAUUGUUUUCCCUCUCGCUCUCCAGCCUAACAGUUGGGUUGGCGUCGUCCUGCAGGUUUGGGCAUCCCAGCUCCGCCUCGCUGGCUGGUUCGUAACCUCUGCUCUUCAUUCACUCUGGUGCACCCACACCCGGCCAAGGAAAGCACGCGCGAGAAAUCCCGGAGGCUCCGACAGCGCCUGGGGUGUAGUCUCCCGCCGCCGCAGUCCGACUCCGCCGGGGGACCUGCCGGAAGACACGAAGAGCCAAACUUUUCUUUGAGGUUCGCAAGGCAAGACCGCUCCUCGCCCGCUGAGCUGCCGCUUAAGCAGUUCCAGGACGCCGGCGGGGCUGGGUUUGUGGCCCCGGAUCCCCACCCUUCUCGGCACACCGCCCCGAACUCGCAGCACCUACGACUCCUCCGAGAUUUCCAGUGGUCUCCCGGUUAAGGCACAGAGGAGACGCGGGAAGGGGGUCCUCAUACUCCGGGGCCACAGGCGCGAAGCCCUCCAUCCACACGGAGACCUCCUCCUGCAGUUUCUCACCGGCCGCUAAAGUAACUUGGAGCGAAGCGGGGCGCACUGCGAGGGCCCUGGGCAGCGGCGGAGCCGUGCGCAGCCCGCAGCGCCGACGCUGAGCCGGGCCCGGCGGGCCAGUGUAUGUCUCCCCGCGGCCGCGGCGCGCAACUCCCGGUGACUGUGCAGCGUGCGCCGCCGCCUGCCCCGACCCGCGGUGCCGCCGCCCGGCCCGGCGUGAUGUUGCACGUGGAGAUGUUGACGCUGGUGUUUCUGGUGCUUUGGAUGUGUGUGUUCAGCCAGGACCCAGGCUCCAAGGCCGUCGCCGACCGCUACGCCGUCUACUGGAACAGCAGCAACCCCAGAUUCCAGAGAGGUGACUACCACAUUGACGUCUGUAUCAAUGACUACCUGGAUGUUUUCUGCCCUCACUAUGAGGACUCGGUCCCAGAAGACAAGACUGAGCGUUAUGUCCUCUACAUGGUGAACUUUGAUGGGUACAGUGCCUGUGACCAUACUUCCAAAGGGUUCAAGAGAUGGGAAUGUAACCGGCCCCACUCUCCAAACGGACCGCUCAAGUUCUCUGAAAAAUUCCAGCUUUUCACACCCUUCUCCCUAGGAUUUGAAUUCAGGCCAGGCCGGGAAUAUUUCUACAUCUCCUCUGCAAUCCCAGAUAAUGGCAGAAGGUCCUGUCUAAAGCUCAAAGUCUUUGUGAGACCAACAAAUAGCUGUAUGAAAACUAUAGGUGUUCAUGAUCGUGUUUUCGAUGUUAACGACAAAGUAGAAAAUUCAUUAGAACCAGCAGAUGACACCGUACAUGAGUCAGCCGAGCCAUCCCGCGGUGAGAACGCAGCACAAACACCAAGGAUACCCAGCCGCCUUUUGGCAAUCCUACUGUUCCUCCUGGCGAUGCUUUUGACGUUAUAGCACAGUCUCCUCCCGUCGCCUGUCACAGAAAAGCAUUAGGGUCUUGGAACACCAGAGAUCCACCUAACUGCUCAUCCUAAGAAGGGACUUGUUAUCGGUUUUUUGGCAGAUGUCAGAUUUUUGUUUUCUUUCUUUCAGCCUGAAUUCUAAGCAACAACUCCGGGCCAGGAGGGGCUAAAGUAGUUGCUGCUCCCCCGCCCUGCCCCCAACCCCCAGCCUUUGCCCUUGACUUCUCUCAUCCCUUCCAAAUUAAAUGGACUCCAGAUGAAAAUGCCAAAUUGUCAUAGUGACACCAGUGGUCGUCAGCGCCUGUGCAUUCUCCUCUAAGAGCCCACCUCCGUUAGCGUACUGUGACAGCAGUAUACGGACAAGGAAGAAUAGCGGCAGAUGCGGCUAGUGAUGGCAAUGCCCGGGAGGGUUUUACUCUCCCAUCCAAUAUUUAUGCCUUCUCAUUCAGGACUGUAAGAUGAUCGUGCAGGGCAUUGUGUCACCAUGUCAAGUCCAGAGGGGAGGUAUUAAGAACAGUUCUAAUAUUAUACCCUUUCCUCUAGGAGUAUAUAAAUGAACAGGCUUCUAAAAGGUUGAGACACUGGUUUUUUUGUUUUGUUUUUGUUUUGGGGGGUUAUUUUUUACAAUGACUGUCUUAAAGCACUCUUGACAGCAAAACUUGUGCUCCACGAAAGAAGCCUUUUUUUUUCCCCCCUAGAAAACAGGUCAGGUGCGGGAAUGCUAGCUAGCACAGAGCAAGGGUGAAAAGAGAGAUAACUAGGUUUGGUGGGGGUGUGUACGUGUGAGUGCCUCUAAUUUUUUUGGUGACUGGGCAAUGCACACCAGGUUUGUUUUUUUUUUCCCUUGGAAUACAGAUCACCAUGGUGCUACAGUUUUUUGGUUUUUUUUUUUUUUAAAGAAACUCAAAGAGGCAUUUUUAUGAAUAAAGUGACCUUCCCCAAGGCUGACAAGCCAGGGUUGAUGAGUGUAUAAUGGAAUAGCUUUGGAUACUCCUCUGGGGGACAAUAUGUACCAAGGAAAGGAGGUCAGCGGCCAGAGGAGAUGUGAUUUGGCUUUGCUGGAGCGCCAAUGUGCUGUGGCCUUUCCCCGACUCCCACCCUAGUACCCAUGUUUUGCUCCACACUCCACAACUACAGGGGCUCGACACACACCCCUGGCACCAGGAGAGUCAGUCAGCACUACUUGGGAGGGCUAAAGGGAAAUUUGGAAUAAAAAUUCCAAAGUUUGGAAUAAAAAAUUCAAGUGUUGAUUUUAUAUUCUUUCCCUUUCUGACACAGCCUGAAGCGUAGGGGGAACAUGUGUUUAUCUGUGGGAGAUAAACAAGAUGGAGUCCCAAAGACUUUAACAAAAUAUUUUUUUAAAAAUCCACUAGAAUAGAAAAUACAUUAUUUAGAUAUACUUUAUGCUGAGAGUGAGUAUAUAUGCUUGUCCUAUUUAAACUUGUGAGAAAAAAAGUGGUAUCCCUUGAUAUAUUUAGAAAUAUAGGGGGCUAUCUUGUUUCAUUGUGGGGGGUGGGGCAGAAGGAGAAAACGCAAGAUGACCCUGUUUGAGGAGUCUUAGCAUGGCCAACAAGGGCCAUUUCCAGGUGAUUACAGGAAAUACAAGCCUUGGGGGUUACUACUGGUGAGGCUGUCACAAACUUUGAACUCCAAAAGCCUAGACAGGGAAAAGUCAGACCAACGGAAAAGAAAUCUAGCCUUUACUAGUGCACGACAUGUCAACAGGAGCCAUGCCUUUCAGAACAGAAUG